AAAUUCCCCGCCAUUUUUUGCCAACCCAUUCACACCGACGAAUCCAGCGGCGGCGGAUCACACCAACCCAACUGCAAGCCCUAGCCAUGUCCCCCGCCACCGCCGACGAACCCAGCGUCGCAAUGGAGGAGCAGCCCGGAAAGGAGAGCGAGGAAGCCGCCGAUGCAAUGGAAGAGCAGCUCGGAAAGGAGAGCGAGGAGGCGGCAGAGUCCGCCGAGGAAGUGGGGCAAGUCGAGGAGGAGCCCGAGGAGGGCGUCGACCCCGCCGAGGCAAUGGAGAAGGCUGGAGAGGAGGCGGAGGCCGAAGAGGGGGCGUCGCUGCGGCCGGCGCUGCCGGUGGGGAGGGUCAAGCGGAUCAUGCGGGUGGACCGGGACAUCAAGAAGGUGACGAGCGAGGCGGCGCUGCUCAUCGCCGCCGCCACCGAGCUCUUCCUGGGCAGCCUCGCGACAGGGGCCCACGCCGCGGCGGCGCGGCGCAGCCGGCGCACUGUGCGUGCCGUGCACGUCCGCGCCGCGGCCCGCGCGCACCGGCCCACGGCGGACUUCCUGCUUGACUGCCUCGCUGCCGAAGAGGAGGCUCCCCGCGCCCGCCAGACCGCAGGAUCAGCCCGCGGCGGCGGCGGCGGAGGAGGAGGGAACGCGAAGCCGCUGCCGCGUGGGACCCGCCGCAUCGAUGCCUUCUUCCAGAAGGUUACCUAGAGGUGUCUCUCUCUGCGUACGUGCUUCCAUAUUUUGGUGAUCUAAAUGUUUACUUCAAAAUUCUAUGGGUGCUGUGAUGAAUGUAUGAACAUGCAAUUAAAUUACGCUUUUCUGU